AGGUGUUGUUAUACUGAGUACAGAGGGGGAGUGUGAUACUGGGUUAGCAGUCAGGUAACACAGGGGGAAGGUACACAAAAUUCCUGGCUCCACUCGGCUGUGACCAAUGGUAGGCUAUAUACUGCGAUAAGACCUAUCACCUGAGUAUUCCACCCAUUGGUUCAACCUGUAUCUGGACACCAUGCUUUUGGAUUCAUAUCAACUCGUACCAUUAUCGUCAGUCCCUUCCGUGUUUGGCAUUCACCUGUAGCCCAACGACCCUGGGGUGAAAUCUCGUACAGGUAUCUCAAGCGUGCUGUCAUCUGAGUCUGGUCCACAUAAGGUCUGGUACGACAUCAGUCCCACUCUGCAAUAUACAUAACCAUCAAGAGGAAACUCCACACAAGUGACUCCGGUGAUUUCUUUAUUCGUUCUGUUGGAGAUUUACUUACUUUUAAAAGUGGUGCUGCUACAGGCAUUCUACAAUAUUAACAUUUGGGAUAAAAAAAAACACUUGAGUUUAAAGGCCCCUUGUUGUGUGUAAAAGUUUGGAAUAUUUAAUCUGCGUUUGGUGGACCCUUCUAUGGGAAUAUAGUAGUGAUAAUCAUGGUGGAAUAUAAAGUAGCUCGGAUGCUUCCAGAUCUGAAGUACCAUCCCUAUCUACAGACAUACACGCCCCGCAGCAUGCCGUCCGCAAGUCCAAACACCACGAGUAGCCUGUCGAGUACCCAAAGCGGCCGAGAACUGUUGAGCUGCAGCAACUUGUACCUCCGUCAUCUAAGUCCCAACACAACGGAUGAAGAUCUCGUCGAACUCUGUCAGAGAUAUGGCAAGAUUGUUUCCACCAAAGCAAUUAUGGACCAAACCACAAAUAAAUGUAAAGGGUAUGGAUUUGUUGAUUUUGAAAACCCCCAAGAUGCUGCGGUGGCACUGAAAAAUCUACAGGCACAAAAUAUGCAAGUUCAGAUGGCAAAAGUAAGUAUUCCAGAACAACAGGAACAGGACCCCACUAACCUUUACAUCUCCAAUCUUCCCCUGUGUUACACCGAGACAAAUCUAGAAAACAUGUUCAAGGACUUCGGAACCGUCAUCUCCACACGGAUCCUGCGUAAAACAGGGGACAACACAAGUCGGGGAGUUGGUUUCACGCGCAUGGAGAACAAGGAAAAGUGCCAACAAAUUAUUGACCAUUUUAACGGAAAAGUUCUUCCAGGCUGUACAUUACCUCUCCUCGUGAAGUUUGCUGAUGGUGGUAACAAAAAGAAAAAUACACAGAUCCAACAAAAAAUCUGGCCUGAAAGGGAAGGGCUAUUCCCACUGACAUCAUAUGACCAAGCAGCGUUUGCUCAAAAUGGAGUGGCCCAAGCCUUGAUGGCAGCCCCACAAGGAAUCCUUCCCCGCUACGCAAUGUCAACACCUCAGACGACGUACCAGGUUCAGUCAUCGCCUGCCUGGGGCAUGCCUCCGGGCGGUUAUAUUAUGCAGCCUCACAUGCCAGCAUUUGUGGCCGGACACCCAGCAGCCUCCGCUGCAGCGUUCAAUCAGAUGUAUGCUCAGGCCCCCGGGGCGGCCACCAUGCUACAGGCUCUCCCGAUAGAGGACCAUGAUGCUUUGGACAAUACGCCACACUUCCAGACCUACGCAGCCACACCUUCCAGUUUUACGUGAUUUCAUCGUUUGCUAACGUAAUUUAACGCCACCAACUAAUCAACACAAUGGGAUACAGAUCAUCGGAGUAACAACCUACUUUAUCCUCAUUCUGUUCCGAGUUGAAACAAUAGCAUUACCAAGGAAUCAAACACACCAAUGAUCAAGACCAGGGUAUUACAGAGGAAGGAAAGCUAGAAAUUUCCUGUAAUGGAAUACAAUCUAAGAACAAAAUUCGGAGCAAAUCUGUAAUAUUUUUUAGGAUGUAAAAAGUUAAUGUUGUGGAUGAAAACUUUUGCGACAUCAUGUUGUUAUUGAAACGAUGAAUUUCUAAAUGAACAAAUAGACAAUUUGAAAACUCAUAUGAAUGAACACUCAGUCAUGUGUGACAGAUUGAAACGGUGGAACAACCAAAACAUAAGCUUAGCAAACGGUCUAUAACUAAAAUUAAACUUUUGUCUAUGCCAUUGCCUGAAAGUGAUUGGAUAUUAUUUUUAUUUUCUUCAAAGAAAUGUGAUUCAGUGAUGCGCCAUUUUAUUACUAAUCAGUAGAUAGAGUGUGUAAGGAUGUUGAGUGAAUGCGUUUUAUUAUGAUAUUGAAAUAAGGUCAUUUUUAUCAUUCAGAUUUACAAACACCUCACUCCCAGUGCUGAGAUUAAUUUUUAUUCUUAAGGGGGAGCAACAUACUGUUGGUAUUUGGCCGCGAGUCGGUAUUUGGCCGGGAGUCGGUAUUUGGCCGGGAGUCAGUAUUUGGCCGCGAGUCUUUGGACUGAACUUACACCUAUAUUUGGAAAAUUGUGUGCGACAAAAUUGUGUGUAUAGGUAGUAUUUAAACAAAUAUAACUUGUGUUGCUCCCCCCCCCCCGAGAUAACAUUUCAGGUGAAUACUUUUUAAAAUGCAACCACAGGAAUAUGUUUCAUUUUUUUGUUUGUUUUUUACUGGAAAUGAAUUAACGUAUAUACAAUUGAGUUGCUCAAGUUUUAAACUGUUACAAAAUAAAUAGAUAUUUUGUUGUUUACCAACUAAUAAAUUUUGAAAUGUUUCAUUAUUCAUUAAUGAAUUUUGAAAAAAAAAUUAGCAAUUGAUUAAUUUUAAGUCUGUUUAGUAUUUCCACACUAUACAGUUAACACAUAAUUAGAUUUUACACAUUUAAAGUUAGAUUUUAAAAUAUUUAAGAAUGGAGUGGGGAAAAAUAUCAACACUUUAUGCAGUUUCGUACUAAUAUGUUUAAUAUGUUUAGUUAAUGAGCUCUGUCUAUAAGAGUAUAGCAAUGCUGAUAUAAUGAUAUAAGUUUAAACGUACAAUGUAGUUAAUUUGUUGAAGGGCGAAAUACCUGAAUCCAUAAUCAAAAUUCAAAUCACCAAUUAUGUUUUAGUUUUAAUUACAAGCCAGCAGUGAUUAUAUUUAACCAAAUAAAACCUUUUUCCAGACCAACUAUUACAACAUUUCAGUAAGACUUGAGCAAUUCCUUGGUAUUAGGUCUGACAUGAUAUGUUAGUUAGAAUGAGACUAGAAUCUUUUUGUACACCCGGCCUUAAAGCGCCCGAUUGAUAGAAUUAACGGACAGAGACUUGAGUGAAUGAUUUUUAUACAAAACAUACUGAUGAAAUCAAUACCAACAGAAUCAACAUUUUUAUCUGUACAUAUACAUGCUUCUUUUACAAAUGAUAAUUUUUAAAUUUUUUGUUCAUAGUUUUAUGUUUCAUUCAUUUUAGGAUUUUAGUAAAUGUUUUUGUGGUCUUCAUGUGAUUUAUGCAUACUUAAUUGUUCAUAACAUAUUGCUAUGGAAACGGAAAUGUGAUUUUACGACUUUCGUUACCUUGACAUAUUUUUAUAGCUGGGUGUUUUGGUUGCAGUUGAUCAACAUUUGAUAAUAGCUAGAUAUUCAUUAGCUGUAAAGAUUGGACAAAAGAAACUAAUACAUACAUUUUGAAAAUUAUAUCUAAAAUGAAAAAGUCAUAGAAGUUUGUCAUUGUUUGAUUGAAUCAUAUUUUGUAACUCUAACCAAUAUUGUAUCUCAUUAAGUCAUCCUACUCUUUAGAGAGAGUUAAAUAUGGAGACAAAAUUGAGGGUCUCUGAAAAUGAAAAAAGAAACAUAAAAUUUGGAAAAUAGAAAAAAAUUAGUGUCACAAUCAGUCAAGUUGAACAAAGUACAAUACUUGCUCCAAACCCAUAUAGAUAGUUCUCGGUAGCGAUAAAGAAAUUGUAAAUAGUUUCAUACAUUUCAUUUCUGACCACAUUCGUGUUCAUUAAGCAUGUCAUUGUAAAUAUCAUUAUGUAUUUGACCAAUCAGAUUGUUUCAUGUAUAAUUUGGUUACUGGGCAACAGUAGACCAACUAUUGCAGCUACCCGGAGUCCUGUGAAAUCGGGAAUAGUUAUGUUCUUGAUCGAGUGAGAAAUAUUUUGAGGUCAUCCUACGAUCUUUGCAACAUGAGUUGCUGAAUAAUGUUCUUGGGAAUAUUUUCCUUUUGCACCGUACCGGUAAGCCAUGAUGGAACAUGCCUCCUGGUAGCUGCUGAUUCUAGUUUUUGGUAUAGUGCUUCUCCAUUUCAUCAUUUGUCUUACUAUACUUGGUUCAUAUUUUUUGGGGAUAGAAUUUUUGUUAUCACAUCUAGACUUAUGUAGCCGAUGAAAGAAAUGUUGACGUAAGCACCUGUCACAUAACUUAUGGUUACGAUUUGGAUGCCAAGCACAUAUGCUGUUGUUCUGCUUAUUAAAUCAUAUGUAUAAUUAUUUUUUUUAAUAGCAAUUUUUCAUUAUUAUUCAUUUUUCCUGUUUCCUUUCUCAAAAGAACAUUAAUGUUCAUUAAUUCUUAGUGACAGUGAAGUUGACCUAUAAAGGAUUAAGAUCAGUAUUCAGGGUUAUUUUAUAGAACUUGGAGAGCUGUACACAUUUACAUGUAAACUAUGUGAACUGGGUAUCCAUAAACUUGUACCAUUAUGUAUAAAAUGUGUUUUUGAAACAAAAAACUAUUUAACCAUUAAAUAUCAAACGUCCAAGAAUUGUCUUCCAGACUUUAAAUAAAUAUUAUUGGAAUUGUACCUUGCACCCAUUCCUCGGACCCUGCACAAAAUAUAUAUAUCUUCCAGUUCAAAGGUCAAAGACAACUUAAAGUACCAAUUUAAUACUGCAAUAUACAUAUAUAUACACUCCUACUUUAUGCAAAAUGUAACGGCAAGACUGUACCUAGUUAGUGGUUAUCUUCAAAUGUGUAAUUAUAUUUUGUGUUAAAUUUUUUUUUUUAAAGCGAUUAUCUGUUUUUAAGCUGACAUUAGAUUGAUGGAGCUGGCAGUGGUAGCUAGGUUAGUUAUGCAUUAUUUAUAACUUACGCGAUCAGAACUAACCUGUUCUGCCGUAUUUAUCCAGUAAUAAGCCCACGCCUGGUGAUAAGCCCACCACCUAGAGUCGGAGUGUUAACCCCAUGGGUCUAUAACAGGGUAAAUACGGGAAACCUUUUAAUUCCUUGUUGCCAUAUAUGACAACCUAUGUAUAUUACCUGCUGCAGGUUGCUUUUGUUUAAAUUUAUGACAUCGUUAAAUUUCAUUUUAAAUACAACAACCUGAACAAAUUGUUGUUGUGGUUGUUUUGGUAAAAUAUUUUCUGUUAUUGAUAAGAUUUUUUAAAGGGAGAUAACUCUUACACCAAUCACAUUUACAUAAUAAAAUGUAACUUAUAAUUAAUCUGAGUGUAUAUGAACUAAAGUAUAUGACCAAAAUGCCAGUACAUACAGUGUGCAAUAAAUCAAAAAUACUGUAGAAAGAUUUGUUAAGUUUCUUUUUUUCUUUUUGAUUUUAAAAUUUAAGAGAAUGUUCAAAAAUUGUUUUUUUACAAGUAUAUUUACUGUACAGUAUGAUAUUGUAUGUAGAGGGAAUAUUCUAAGGCACACAGCCGUAGGGUUCCUCAUCCUGUCAUGAUAGACAUAUUUGGUUUGCGGGGAGGAGGAGGAGGAGGUACCCAAUCUUUCUUAGAAUUUUGUAUAUUAUGGCAAUUCGCACCAAGGUGAAAUAUAUAUACCUUGCAAGGGAUGAACCGAAAUCUUCCUGAUAACAUGAUCAAAUAAUUUUGUAAAAUGUAUGUAAAAGGUGAUAUGUUUAUUUAGAAUACAUUUGUAUGUAAAACACCUAUUCAUCACAACAACACAUGCAACUGUAUAUGAACUUUGGUUUACAUGUUUUUGUCUAGUUUUUCCGGGGUUUUUUUGUUUUUUGUUUUCAUUUUUAUACCUGAACGCCAUUGUUUAUGACCCUGUGAAAUACACUCCCUUCCAAUACAAGUCUGUCUUGUGUGGACCUUAUCCCUACUUCUGCAGGUUUUUUUACUAUUGAUCAUCAUGUCGUAAAAUCUUCAUUAUUUUUUAAAUCAUUAGGAUAUCACUCCUCGUUUAGUUAAUACCUUCAUCAUUAAAUUGUUUCAUUGAAAAGUUUUUUUAUACAGAAAACCUUCAAAAAACAUAAAUGUGAAAUAAUGCAUGCCUGUUGAUUACCUUGACCUUUGACCUUAAUGUGUCCUUGCUGUUUUCCUUAAAUGUUGUUUGGUAAUUUGGAGUACAAUAAUUGCUGCCUAAUUUUAAGUGCCAGCCAACCAUCAAUCAAAUAAUGACCUUUGACCCCUAGCAUAUUUGCCGAUUAAAUGUUCAGCGAGAGUUAUGACAUUUAUUUUGGGAUCAAAGGUGGCUUUACCCCCUCAUUCCAAUGGACUCUUCCAAUUGUAAGGCUGGAUUAAUCCAAGACUGUUGGGGGAUGAAGGGGUAGGCACCAAUUAUAAUAAAAGGAGACUUUAGAUGUUGGAGGUGGAUAUUUUUGUUGAAUAUUCGUCAUGUUGAAUGUUGAAAUUGAGGUGAAAUGUUACAUGUUGUAUGAAAUCAAGUUCUUCUUUCAAGUGAAUUGUUCGAAAAUGUUAUUUUUUCAUCAUUAGCAUGUAACAGUUUGUCAUUGGUUAAUUAUGUCCAGGGGAAAAUGUCAAAUUCAUGUCAUUCAUUUUAUUUUCUCGCUCCUGUUCUUGUUAACCAUGCACUUGUUGUCAAUAGUGACAAAGUUGUCAUGGCAACAGGGUAGGAGGUACGACGUGUGUUUGUGUGACGAUUUAAAUGAAGCGGUAGUCUUAGAUGUUCAUCAUUGUCAUGGAAAAAAAGGAAAAAAGCAAAAAAUAAAAUCAAUGACUGUUA